AGCAGCAAAAAAAGGAAAUGCAGGAGCUCAUGGUAAAUAUGUCGACCAUUGCAAUUAAUUGACAAGGGGGAGCGGUACCGGCGGUCACUGGCAGCGCUCCUAGAGGCUAGUAUCGUAUUUGAAGUGAGCGAUCAUGGUAACUGCCAAUGGUAGCUUUGAAACAUCACUGGGAUUCCCUUCGCAGACCGUGCCGUACGGCCGUACGCGGAGACAUCUAACCGAGAAUGAGAUUGAGCUUAUGACAGAUACUGGCAUCGGUUGGAAGAACAAGACACACGUCGGUCCCAAUCAUUGGGACGCAGUCGUCGGGGAGAACGUUAUUGGUUCUCACCAAAACGACUCGACAGACCUAAAUUCUUUCGAAGUUGUUUCCGAGGAUAAGGAUAUGUUGGAAUCACUUAAUUGGCACCUCCGAGCACAGCGCCUCACACUCCCAUUUUCACUGUCUAAGAUCUAUAUACUGCUCACAUUGCUCACCAUUGUAUCUCUCAGAAAGAUUUACACCGACCCCUUGUGUGUGAAGAUGAAGAAGGGGCUCGUCAUGGACGAUCCGAAGCAGACUGUAAUGGAUACGUCUUUCGGGUUCCCAGUCAAGACAAGCUAUAUAUGA